GAAUUGAUGUAAUAUUAUUUACAGAAAUAUAGCAAUGUACAUACCACAUUAUUAUAUUAUUUACAUGUAGUUUUCAAAAAUUAUUUUUCUACACAUUGAAACAUUGAGCAAUUUCAUCUACGCAAGAAUGGGGAAAAUGGAACUGUCAUCUUUCUUAGUGUUUUUUUCUCUACUUUCUCUGAUGAAUUUGUCGAAAGCAGAAAGCGAGAUAUCACUCAAAGUUGCUGAAAUGGCGAGAAAUGGUACAACGCUUGUAAAAAUACCACAUCAACUAAAGUGGCCAAGUACUGAGCAACGUGAAUAUACAAUUUUAUCAGGAAUGGAAUAUACGCAAGUCGGCACUCGUUCUGGUGUAUUAAAAGUAAAAAAAGAAAUGGAUCGUGAAAAACUAUGCCCAGACAAUCGAGAACAUUGUUAUAUUGAAAUUGCUGUAGCUGUUUUACCUUUUGGAGAAAAGACUUCAUUGCCAUCACUCAAAAUGGUUAAUAUUAGAAUUGAAAUAACUGAUAACAAUGAUAAUGUGCCAAAAUUUGAAAAUAAAAUUAUAAAUAAAAUGAUGUCAGAAGCUGUUGAGGUUGGCACCAGCAUACGAUUGGAUAGUGCUGUCGACCCAGAUUACGGAAUAAACUCCAUACAAACGUACCAAAUAAAAUCUGCAACUGGUUCACGCUCAUUUGAAAAAUAUUUCAAACUUGGUGUCAUAAGAAACAUUGAUGAAACUAAGAUUCCAAAAUUGGAAUUAAUAAAAUCUUUAGACAGGGAAAGACAAGGCAUACAUGAAUUAAUAUUAGAAGCUGUUGACGGAGGCAGGCCUGCUCUAACAGGUUCAGCUACGGUGCGGAUUAACAUAACAGAUUCGAAUGACAAUGCACCUACUUUUCCGAAAUCGUUGUAUGUCGUUGAAGUUGACGAACAUGAAGCAAAAGGGAAAGAGAUAAUUCAGCUCAAUGCAAAAGAUAAAGACAUUGGCAUCAAUGGUGUAAUCGUAUACAAGUUCCCAAGUGUUGUGAGUGUGGACGAUCGAGAGAUAUUUGACCUCAAUUCAAGAACUGGAGUUAUAUCUGUAAAAAACAGCAAAAAGCUUGAUUUUGAGACGAAACAAAUUCAUCAUUUGACUGUGGAAGCGACAGAUAUGGGUCCUAAUGCUGUGUCAGCAUACACCACAGUUACUGUGAAGGUUCAAGAUGUGAACGAUAAUAAACCGGAAAUCGAAGUUAGUUUUAUGACGACUGACAGCGUUCGGAAAGUUCCAAGAGAUUCUGGUUUUGAUGCAAUCCUUAUGGAAAACAUUGAUAUGGGAACAUACAUUGCUUUUGUUACCAUCACGGAUAAGGAUGGGGGUGACAAUGGCACUGUAUCAUGUAAAAUAGCUGAUAAAGGAUUAUUUUCAUUGCAGAGCAUUGAGGAUAACUCAAGCAGAUUCCUUUUGAAAAUUGUCGGCACUCUUGACAGAGAAGAAAAGAAUUCAUAUUAUAUAAACAUAGAAGCUUGGGAUCAUGGAAAACCAUCGCAGACCAAUAGCCGAACACUGAAAAUUAAAGUUGGAGAUAUCAAUGACAACCCACCCCAGUUUUUUCAUAAUGAAUUCAGGGUUGGAGUCAGCGAAACAGCAACGGCUGGAACUGUUAUAAUGACUUUAAAGGCUACAGAUUUGGAUGAAAAACCAGGACCGAAUUCCAAUAUAACAUAUACGUUUUUACGAAGUAAAGAUUCAAUCAUGAAAGGAAAAAAGAAAUUUCCUCUGACAAAAGUUUUUGAAAUAGAUCCUGUGUCUGGUGAAGUUCGACUUGCUAUUGAUGAUGUUUUAGACGCAGAAACAAUCAGAGAACCAGGUUUUCUCACUGUUUUAGCGAAGGAUAAUGGAAAACCACCGUUAAAUGCAACAACAAAAUUGAAGAUUACCGUCAUUGAUGAAAACGACAACGCCCCCAAAUUUGAGGAACAAUCGUACAUGUUUCGUCUCGAUGAACACAGCAAUGAUGGGAAAUACAUUGGCCAAGUCAAAGCCACAGAUGAUGAUUGGUCGAAAGAUACUAAUGGAAAAUUAACCUACACAAUUGAACAAUUCAAAUCGGAGGAUGGUGUUACCAGCUCACAAGACGAAAGUUUAUGGCUUGAAAUGUUUCAAAUCGAUGGCAAAACAGGAUUUAUCCAUUUUUAUGGCAACAAGACAAAACUGGAUCGAGAGAUUUACAGUGAUCGACCGAUACGAAUAUCAGUUGUUGCUACAGAUGGUGGAGUUCCACGCAGUAGAGCUAGCGUUCCUGUUGAAAUCUAUCUAACGGAUAUAAAUGACAACCAUCCAUUUGUAAUUUUUCCUGAUCCAAAAAAGGAUAUUGUUUUCGUACAAAUUCCUAAUAAAAAUUCGGAAAGAAAAUCAGAAAUAGCAGAAUCACGUAUUGUGUCGCCACCGCCUGGUGGAUUACAAGAACCUCUGAUAUCAGAUUGGUCGUCGAUUGUCGUUUACAAAGAAUCAAACACUUCUUAUGAACCGAUGACGCUUCUUCAGAUUCAAGCUUCGGAUUUAGAUGAGGGUGUGAACGCUGAACUGAGUUUUACUAUCGCAGAUGGCGACAAAGGAAAUUACUUUGAAAUCGAUACAGAAGAUGGUAAUUUAACUUUCUCUGAGACCGUCGACGUAACCGCCGUCAAACUGGGAUGCCAUGUUUUGAAAAUUUUGAUUUCCGACUUAGGUAUUCCAAGAUUAUCAACAGAUGCUUAUAUAAACGUAUAUUUAUCGAAGGACAACCCAGAAAAUGUGAAUUUCACCGAUGCAAUGACAGAAUGCCAAAGCAAUCCUCUAUUCCCCAGGAUAACAGAUACAAAAUUGAACAAAGCGAGUUUAGAUCAAUGGACAAUAUAUUUUAUAAUCGGUUUUGGGCUUCUUAUUUUCAUCAUUUUAUUAGUGAUAGUAAUUAUUUUGAUCAAAUGCAAAUGUUGUGCAAAACACAAGAAGAGUCGAAGUUACAAUUGUCAACAAGGAAAUAGUACAGGAUGGAAUAGUGCUGGCUACGAUACUGCAGAUAAGAAAAAUAUCAAAAAGAGAGGUUCCAAUCGUCGGUCAUACAAUGGUCAAGGAACAGUGGACAGUCGAUCUUCGUUCCAUUCAGAGUGGACAGCAUCGCAACCUCAUAUUGGACAGGAUAAACUCGAUAAAGUCCGUGUUCUACCCGAUCUCCAAUCAGAAGGCAGUGUUUCACAUGACGGGCACGAUUCGGGUACAGGAGAUAGUGUGGGUGCUGAUGGAUAUCAUCCAGUUAGAUAUACUGACCCAAAUUCACCACAAGACCCGCAAGAUAUGAGAUUCAUACAACUGCCAAGUUACGCUCCGAUGUCCUAUUCACAUCCACAAGGAAUACCGAUGCAAAAUAUGCCUUAUGGAGACCACCAAAAAAUGCCGAUGACAUCAAAGUGCACAGAAGAGUGUUUAAUGUAUGGUCACAGUGAUGCUUGUUGGAUGCCAGAUUCUUUACUUAGAUCUCCGUCUAGUCUUGCGCAGCCAGCAACUGUUGAUCUUCCUCCACCUAAUCACAUGAUGUACCAAGGCCAUCCUGGGGAUCCACAUGGUUUCAGGUAUCAUGGGGAUCCGAGCACACCCUACUAUUAUGAUCCCGGUCAGAAAUUCGCUCAUUUAGGUAACAGUGAUCAGGGUUCUGGAGAUGGUUUCAGUCAGGUCGGAGGUCAUAAUGAAUCCAUCCAAUCACAUUCAAGUUUUCAACCACAAGAUCACGGAAUGCAACAUCAUCCGGGUAUGCAUAUGUCUACGCCUCACAUGCACAACAGAAUGUACCAAAAUGAACCAGAGCGUGGCGGGGCAUACAUUAACCUCCAAGGUUAUGACCCGUCUAACCAAAACCAAACCGAGGACAUUCAUAGCAAUUUAUCCAGUGCGAGUAGUAACACAAAUCAAUAUAACCCCGGCCUCGCGCAAAAUAACCCUCGUUAUCGUCCAGAUUCUAGUCAACCCCAAUUAUUUUACCAAGUUCCGAACCAAAGUACCCCUCGUUAUGAUAUGGUUCCAUCAAAUCAAGGUUAUUACCCCGGGGGCUUACAGGACUACCGCCAAACUCCAAUUCACGAUCUUCCACCACAACAUCACUACGGUGAAGACUUUUCUGCCUCAAAUCUCUUGCCAGUCGCACACGACAAGGGCCCUGAUUAUGCGGGUAAACAAUGGGGUCAACCUGGUCAACCCGAACAACAGCCACUCAUCGGACGAUAUGAUCCGGCCAGACAAAGCGAAGCAGAGCCAAAUGAACAGGAAAAUAUGCUAAUACGUAAUAUCGAGGCUUCGAAAAAUGCUCAAAAUAAUGCAAAUCCAGCAAAUGGAAAAACUGUCGAUGAAAAAUUGAGCACAAUUGAAGAAAUAGACGCAGAAGCAGUAGUAGCAGAAAUUGAUGGCUUAUUACUGUAAUUUCCCGCUUUAUGUAGAUGGAAAAACAUGCUCAAACUUCACAUAGUUGAAUUAUGUGGUACUUCCCUUUGUUUCAUGCUUGUCAUGCAACCUGGAUCUGGGCCAUGCCUAUGCGAGUGCUAAAAUUACAUACUGCCAUGUUGAUUUUUCCCUUGCGAAUUUCGAAUUUACAAAGUUCAAAAAAUUAUGGAAGAUUGUCAUGCGUUUAUUAUGCAUUAUUUAUGUGAUGGCAAUUUCUUUUUUUCAGAAGCAGGUAACUCGUGUGUCUAUCCAUUCUGCUUUGAAUCUGUUAUGAAGUAGAAGCUAUGUUAUGUCUCGUCUUUUUUAUUUCGUCAGUUUACGAAAUGGCGUAUUAUGUUGCCUGCCCGUUUUCCAUGUUUAUGCUCCGCAUACUGCUAAAUGUUAUUUUUGUCAAAGGUAAAUUAAAAGAAAGUCAGUUGCUAAAAUAUUGAACAAAGCAUGAAUACAUUGCAAACUAUUUCAUUUACUCAGAGCACAAUUGCUUCAGCUCAGUCAAUAAACAUCUUUUAUUUUAUUAAUUAUGAAUAUGAUUUUAUUUUGUCCUAUAUUACACAGCUUAUUUUGCUUUGCAUAAAUUUCCAAUUUUUAUACCGGUAUUAGCUCUAUGUUUAUUGGUAUCCCAUCCUACAGUCCAGCAUGUUACGUUCUGCUAGCCUGUCUUGUUGUUUAUUCAUUUUAACAGUUGCAGUCAGAGGAACAACUACUGCUAUUAAGUACUUUUUGAAAUUUCAUCCGUUAUUAUUUAUGAAAAUUUUAUCAUUGAUCCACACUCGGCUAUAUAUAAUUCACUCUGUAAUUGGUGACGUUUUUUGUGAAGAAUAAUUGACGCUCUGAUCAAAUAUUAAUCUGAUGUAAAAUGUCGUUAAAUGUAUUCGAACGGUGUUUUAUUUAAAUACAGAGUAAUCAAAUCAUUUAUAACUCAAUUUAUCAAUCAUAAAGUAACCCACGAGUCACGUGAAAUAUUGUAAAGUAAAAUUGAGCGUUUUACAUAUGCAAACUCAGAAUGAAUACCAAACUAAUAAAAUGAAAUAACAGGCAUAACUACCAUAUUAUUAUGAAACAUUAUUACGCGUUUAUAACAACUUGGUAGCUCAGUUGUUUAAAAAGAUAAUCUUUGACCGAUUUUGUCUCAUAUUUUGCGUGUCUAUGGUUGAGUAAAGGCGUGCAUUCUCAAGAAGUAUAAAUUUCGUGAAAAUACUUAAUGGAACAUUUUUUAAUAUACGUUUGCUAUUGCAUUACCAGCAUAUUUUGCGAAUUUUAAUUUGUAUUUUAGUUUUCGAGACGUCUUAUAAAUAGAAUUAUUGCUUUAGCUAUCACAAUCCCGUAUUUUGGUAAAAGUACAUUCUUCAUUUUAUAAGCUAACUAAGCGUAACGUCCUGAAAUAACAACAAGAAGUGCUUGUCUGCUGCUAAGCAUUCAAGCAUAAAAGUCGUUUUUAUUACUCCCACUUCAUUUCAGACUUGUUUUCAUUGUGUAAUGAGUUUCAUUUUCCUGUUUUUUUUUUUCAAUUUUGCAAAUUUUUUCCGAAAAGUUUCUUUUUAUAAAUACAUCUGUCCGAAAAAGAUUAAAUUUUUAUUAUUUGGGUAGCAUUGUUUAUUUUUUUUUUAUUUUUUAAUCAAGUUUCAACUCCGUCCUUUAAAUAUUUUAAUCAUAAAAUUAUGGCCUUUUCUCUAUUUUUGGUACAGAGUGUUUUAAUGGUUUACAUAUAUCGUUUACCAUAUAUUUUUAGCUAUUUAGAUAUUUUAAUACAUUUUUAGAGCGAGAUAAAGUUAGGAAAACCGGAAAAAAUAACUUGGAAUUAAUCAGUAUUGAAUUAGGAACCAUCAAUUAGUUUUUGUGUAUUUUCAACUCUUCCAAAUUUCAUACUAUUUAGUGUGCUUUCUGUAUUUUUAAAUAUAUAUUUUCUGCAACAGAAAAUUGCCGCUAUAUUGAAUUGUUCUAGAAUUAUAAACAGCAGAAUUGCUGACUAUUAUCAGACCACAAAGUGUGGCCUAUCUUAAAUAAUUAAUUUUCGAUUUUUAAGCCCUGAAUUUAUAAUUUGAAUCACAUUUUUCUUCCAGGAUCAAAUAAUUUGUGGAACCCAGUUAUAGUUCACAUAAAGAGUGUUCAGUCAUUUUUUUUUCAAUUUUAACCCAUUUUAACAGAUAUACAGUAUUAUACACAACACUCCAACUAUUGUGCCAACGCUUCUCACAACUACGUGUAAGUUUUAUGUUAUUUUAGUGUUAUUCGUUUCCUGUACGUUUAUGUAUGCUCGCUUAUGUGUAUUAUCGGUAAAGCUGCCAUGAUAUAUCGUUCGUAAUAUUUUUCAUCCGCAAGAUGGGGCCUGAGAUCCUUAAAUUUUUCACGUUUGCUUCGAAUGAUAUCAUAUCAUUGUAAUCAGUUUGUGAAGAUUUUUGUUUGUUGCAUUGUUUCUAUCGCAUUAGUGUUUCAUUUUUACACAGAAUCAUAUUUGACAUGUUGCCAUAUGUGUAUUAAUAUGCUUUGUUUUAUUAUUUUGCUGCUUCGCUAUUUUCUUAUACAUAUUGUUUUAUUAUUAUAAUUUGUUUUCUGCUUGUUUAAAAAGGCCUUUUUACGCCUUGCUUCUAACUAUAAUAUCUCGAUAUUAUUAUUAUGUUAUACUUAAUAUUUUUUUAUUUACUAAUGCUGCAAAUAAAAUGAAGUUAAUGUAA